AUGGCCAGGAAGAUGGAACACCAUGGCCAGUUGAUGGGAAACCCUAAUGGCCUUCAAUCCGAGAUCAUAAUUAAGAUUUUUGCAAGGCUACCGGUUAAGUCCUUAUGCCGCUUCAAGUGCGUGUCGAAGCCAUGGGGUUCUCUCCUCUCCCACCAUAGUUUUGUUAAAGUGCACUUCAACAAAGCCAUUGAGAAUGAAGAUGUAUUGCACCAAAGACGAACAGUCAUACUUACAGCUUACGAAGACAAAUCCCUUUACUCUUUGCACCUCGAUGAGUUUCUCAAUCGUAAUGAUGCAUAUCUAAAGAAUGACCAUGUUGAUAAUGUUGGCGGGGAUGAUCUUGUGGCAGCCACUGAGCUGGCCUUUGUUCAUAGCAUGCACAGAGAAACUUUGGUUUACUUGAUUUGCCACUGCAAUGGCCUAUUACUAUGCCAGUUAGACAGAUGGGAUUUAUAUUUGGUUAACCCUGCAACCAAAGAAUCCAAGAUACUACCAAGGACACCGAAACCCUACCGCUAUUCGAGCUUAUGCGGGUUUGGAUUUGAUCACUCCACUGAUGAACAUAAGGUGGUUUGUGGGCGGAUCAAUAGAGAUCAUGGGAUUGAGUUUUGUGUCUACACAUUAGAAACCAAUUAUUGGCGAGUGAUUCGCCAAGACUUCAAUUGUGUCUCAUGCAAAUCUAGGCUUGGGAUCCAUGUGAAUGGCGAUCUCCAUUGGCUGAUGAAUAAAGAUGAUUAUGAGCUUUCCUCCACGAUUAUGUCCCUCCUUUUGGACAAGGAGGAGGUUAGAGAAAUUCCACUGCCGUAUGAACAUGCCAUUGAUGAAGUAAUUUAUAAGAUAGAGCUAGGAGUUUUCAGAGAAUGGUUAUGCGUAAUACAUUAUGGUUGUGAUGCUAAUGGCCAAAAAUACAAUGAUUUUUGGGUCAUGAAGGAGCAUGGAGUGAAGGAGUCUUGGACUAAAAUGAGGGUCUCCAUCUCAUUGCACGACGUAUCACAUUCUGGCUUCUACACCAAAUCUCAUGACUUGAUGGUGUUUGAUGACAGGUUGGUUAUGUACAGUUUUGAUGAUGAAAGCUCUCGGGAUCUGUCAAUUCGCGGAGUUGAAAACACUGGUAGUUGUCUCACGGUUUACUUGGAUAGCCUCAUUUCACUUAGAAAUCGACCUAAGACGAGCUCGAAGAAGACUUCGGUUAGUACAUAUAGAAUGCUUUUCUUGUCCACUGUUAACAAAACCAUGGCCUAG